AUAUGUUAUAUAGAUCAUACAGAUAUUCGAAUUGUAAGUAUAUCAAAAUAGAAUACAGAGAAUGAGAAAAAAUUAUUCUUUUUUGUCCGCAUUAAUGAACAACAUUAUACGAAUAUUGUAAGCCUCGACUUAUCAUAUACCUGUCAUCCCCAUACUUUAUCACGUUUUACUUUUUUGUCGAAAAAUUGUUUAAAUGGAUUUGUACGGCCAAGAUUCCGAAACUGUAGAUGAUGAACAAGAUUUAUUUAAACCAGAGUACAAAAAAUACAAACGAAAGGACAUUAAGCUCGAUCUUGGUGAUGUCAUCGACUUUACAAAGCAAAACAAUAUGGACAGUGUCCAAGAAAUUGUACUGCAAGAGUCUCAGCAUCCUGCAGUGAGAGGCCUAAAACCAGUAAAAGAAUGGAAGAGUUACGCUAUCAAAGGAUUUCCAGGGUUCAUCUUCAUCAGGAAUCCCUUUGAAGAUGGCCACCAGAGGUACUGGAUUGAAAGGUGUGUCCUGGACUACCCUAACAAACCCAGCAAGACCAUUCUGGACAAUUUGGUGGACAUGAGUAAUGUCAGUGAUGUUUGGCUCACCAGUCAAAAAGAGUCAGGGUCAAAUAUUACAAAUAAGGACAGUCUAAUUAUGAAGCUAAGGUGGGCAACAAUGGGCUAUAACUAUGAAUGGAAUUCAAGGGCCUACUAUGAUGAAAUGAAGUCACAGUUUCCCUCUGAUUUACACGAGCUCUGUCGAUACAUUGCUUCUACUAUAGGCUAUCACAACUUCUCAGCAGAGACAGCCAUUGUGAACUAUUAUCACAUGUCUGGAGACAUGGGACCCCACAAAGACAUCUCAGAAAUUGACCAUGAUGCUCCACUUCUUUCAUUCAGUUUUGGUCAGGAUGCUUUGUUCCUACUCGGUGGAUUAACAAAGGCCACAAAACCGGUUUGUCUGAGUCUCCACAGCGGCGACGUGUGCAUUAUGUAUGGGGACUGUCGUCUGGUGUACCACGCCGUGCCCCGAAUUCUGUCAGCCGACCAAGAUAACCUUAAACACUGCUACAACUUUAAUGGAGAUUCACUUUGUUGUGGAAACAAUACAUUGGAGGAAAAGAGCUCCAAAUCUCCAGAUAUGUUGGGCGGAUUAGCAGCUAGAAGACAGGAAGUCGAGUGGGGCUUGUUUAGUCAGUAUGUCCAGUGUACCAGGAUUAACAUGAAUGUGAGGCAGGUCCUACCCCCUGGGGGCACAAACAUUGCAGAUUACCCCCAGCCUGUCUGUCCAUCAGUGAACUGUAAAACAGGAAAGACAUCAUCUGUACAUAAUGACACUGAGCUAACACAGAGAUGAGGGUUGUAUUGGGAAUAUCUUAAUGUACUAUUAUUCUGAUGCUGUGAUAAUUGACAUUGAGAACAGUUUUUGCAUGAGUAUUUUGUGAAAUAAUAUACUGUCAUUCAGCAAUAAAUCUUCUUAAAAAUUUC